GGUAACCCAUGUCUAGUAUGCCCAAUUCAAGAUGGCUUCCUUUAUUGCUCGUGGCACCGUUCUCUUUGCUGUUUUUGUGAGUGUUUCUAGCGAGAACUGUGCUCCUUUGGAAUAUAAAGUGAAUACACUGAUAUCUCCACAAUUCUGGUGGUUUGAAACUGACGCCAAGUUCUGCAAGGAAGCAGCGAAUGCUACAACUGACAAGUGCAUGUUCAUGUUCUCUUUGUGCAAUGAUCUGCCUGUAUUGUGCCCUGAUUCAAAUGUCUGCCAGACGUCAACUCCCAUCUCCCCCGGUGUAAGGAAUAAGCUGUUUACAUGGCCUGUGAGGAUGGGAUCUAGAAAGUAUGACAAUUUCAAGUAUGAUGUUGAUGACCACUUUUUCAGUGCUACAUAUAGAAAUGGAGAUAAAACCAAAUGCAAAGGACGUGUCAGCGGCCCCCUGCCUUUAGCCUCAAAAGUUAAAUUUCAGUGUGACAAGAAGGCAGUGUGGAAUGCUUCAUCUAUCAACAGCAGUUUGCCAUUCACUGGUGCAAUGGCCCCUCAACCAAUCAGUAUUGAGAUGAAAGAGUGUGUGUAUACUAUUGUGUUCAACUCCUCUGAGGGAUGUAGAUUCUAUGGUAAUGACACACCAGAGAAAGCCCUAAGCACAGGAUCAAUACUACUCAUUCUGUUCUUCCCAGGUAUUUUCCUCUACUGUGCAAUUGGAGGCUUGAUAAAUACAGGGAAAGGGAAAUCUGGCAAAGAGAUCAUCCCCAACUACAGCUUCUGGAGUGACUUCCCCUAUCUUGUGUUGGAUGGGUUUGCCUUUUGCCUCUCUGUCAUAACAUGUCGCCAAAUGUCCCGUACUCGAGAUGGUCCAUACCAGACUAUGUGAUGCAUGAGCAACUUGGUGUGAAUGCUGUGAAGAUUAGACAGCCAUGAGAUAUAAUAUGUUAUAGUACUCCCCUCCCCCUUACCAUGGCAACCAAUACACAGUUCAAAAAAGUUAGCAAAUUAGCAAGACUAUGUGAUGCAUGAGCAACUUGGUGUGAAUGCUGUGAAGAUUGAGAUAUAAUGAGAUAUAAUAUGUUAUAGUACUCCCCUCCCCCUUACCAUGGCAACCAAUACACAGUUCAAAAAAGUUAGCAAAUUAGCAAGACUAUGUGAUGUAUGAGCAACUUGGUGUGAAUGCUGUGAAGAUUGAGAUAUAAUGAGAUAUAAUAUGUUAUAGUACUCCCCUCCCCCUUACCAUGGCAACCAAUACACAGUUCAAAAAAGUUAGCAAAUUAGCAAGUAAGAAUUGACUUGAUGACUAAGAGGAUGUGCUGUUCAAGCAUUUCUUUCCCUCGCAUGUUGGCUAGUGAAGUCAAACAGAUAGCUUUUCUUGCACCCUCGUGUUUGGUUUGCGUCAUAAACCUGUCAUGGUGGCCACAUUUGCACCUGCACACUGAAAUAAUAAGAGACUCACACUGGAAAAAAUUGGAACAGUCAAAAUGUUAUAAGAACCAUCAAGUUUUCUCCUUCUACUGGUACUGGAGCGUCAAGGAGACUGAAACCUUGUUUGCACAUUUUUAAGACAAAUUCCAGUUUAAGAAUUUAACAACUUAACCUUUAGGGACAUCAUUAAAAAUGGUGGAUCUGGAAUUUCUCAACAGUGGCUCAAAUUAUGAAAACUUUGCCAAAGUUCUCCAAGCCCUUGUCUUCUCCAAAAUACAGUGGAUUGAGAAAACGUUGUCGUCAACCGGUUUCGCAUCAAAGUCUAAAGUUAUGUGGUGGCCAACAUGUACAGCUAGGCGCUUCAGUGGUUACCCAAUGCUUACAUGCAGGCUUGUCACAUUGUUUGGAGCCGGUUGAUGACAACGUUUUGUCAAUCGACUGUAUACGGUCAUGAUUUUUCUUUUAAAGGGUGGUUACAGUAUUUUGAAGCCCACAGAAUGGCCCAAGGAUCUGCCAAUCCUAUAUUCCGCAAAGUCUCUUUAACAACAUCCAACUUCUAAACUGCUGUCUGGCUUCUGUCAUCCAAACUAAUGGAAUGACAUUUUGGUGCUUUCUGAUUGCCCUGUGGCUUGCAGAGAGGUGGCAUAAUGGAAUCUCAUGCUUAGCGCAUCGGCCUCUGAUCGCUAUUGCCCAGGUUCGAAUCCCGGCUCAAACUGGGGAUUUUUUCCAGAUUCCUGCCUUGAUUCGAAUUUGUGUCACAAGUGAGUUGAAGUUAUUCUCCCAUGUUUCCAGUCUUUUUGGAUAAGGACACUAAACCGGAGGUCCCGUCUCUUUAAACUGCACAACACUAACCUGAGCCGAAGGGACGUAAAAGAACCACUGGGGACGCAAUAAACCCUCUGGCAGUGACCACCCCCAGUGACAGUGCUUACUAACCGAGGGCCAUAUGUUAGAAAACUGUAUAUUCGGUUAAAUAUGUUACCUUCGAUAAACAAAGACUGAAACUGAAAUUUGCAAGAGCUCACAGAUUAUUAAAAAAAAGUUAUAAUAAUAAUGUAGAUAUGGAUUUUUUUAAAGAGCCUUUCCACAGGUUAAUGCACCCAGCGUUAAAUGGUGUGAGUAUUUUUUUGUGUGUCUACAGUAGAUGACAAAUUACGAAUUAAUUUAGGAAAGGGUUUAUUUAUAAUCAAUGUGUUACAUUAAAUAAAUAAUUGAUAAAAA